AUCCAUCUCAUUACGUCUCUGCACCUGGAAUGUUUAAUGAUUAUUUGUACAAAAGUAGCGGAGCAGAACUUAGGCUUAUGACAGAUAAGGAUGAGUAUCUGAUGGUUGAAAAUGGAAUUCGUGGAGGAAUGACAAUGGCAAGUCAUCGAUAUGCCAAAUCAAAUAAUCUGCAAUGUCCAGACUAUGAUCCUAGUAAACCGAAGUCUUGGACCUUAUAUGAGGAUAUGAAUGCCUUAUAUUCAGGAGCAAUGACCCAAUACAUGCCUACAGAAAUUUUGGGUAAAGUGAGUCCAGAGGAAGUACCAGAUAUCCAAAGUAUCGCGCCUGAUGCAGAAAUAGGCUAUAUGCUUGAACUUGAUCUAGAAGCUCCAGUGCACUUGCACGAUUACUUUGCAGAUUAUUCUUUAGUGCCAGAAAAGCAAAUAAUAUCAGAAAACUGGCUUAGCCUAUAUAACGAAAGAUUAGUGAAUGAUAAAGAAGUUGAAAAUGGAAAAUAUGCAUUAGGAAAGAAGUUGGUUCAGACUCUUUAUCCUAAAAAGAACUACGUGGUCCAUUAUCGAGCUCUCCAGACAUAUAUGAAGUUUGGAAUGAAGGUUACAAAGAUUCAUAGUGCUCUCAAGUUUAGGCAGUCUCCAUGGAUAAAAGACUAUAUUGAGGAAAAUAUUCGCAAGCGUAAAAUUGCUAAAGCUAAUGGAGACGAAGUAGAAUUACUCCGAACAGAAGAGGAUAAAAAAAUCAGGCGCUUAGCAAGUUUACCAUUAGGCACAAUAGGCGAAUCAGUAUGUUUAAAGCCAAAGAUGUAUUCAGUCCUUCCAACAGGCCAUGAUCCUAAAACUCCCGAUGACCCAGAUUCUGAAGACCCUAAAAAGAAGCAUGGUAUUCAAAAGGCAAAGGGUGUUAAGAAAUGUGUGGUCAAAAGAGAGCUUCGGCAUGAUAGAUUUCUAGAAUGUCUUAGGAAUAAGAAACUAACUCAGCAUGAUAUGUAUGGUCUUCGUAGUUAUGAUCAUCAAAUAUAUCUGGUAAGAUAG